UGCAAGUGAAUUUGUUUACAUUGAAGAGAUUUGUUAGAACGACUGCAAAUUAGAAUAUAACAAAUACAUAAUAUGUGCCUUUAAAAAACAAUAACUUUUGCUAGUAAUGAUACCAAGACAAUGUCAUUAUCAAAAUUGUUCCCUUGUUUUCAAUUUCGAUUGGAAGACAACAUUAAUAAAUUAGACUACAGUAAUAAUAUAUUGUCGGAGGGAUUUCCUCAAGUGUGGCAAUAUGAAAGAACUUUGGAAGAAUUGAAUGUGAUGUCAACACGGAUCAACUAUUUUCCGCCGCAACUAUUUUAUUGUCAAGGACUUAAGAUUAUAUUAGCCAAUAACAAUAGCUUAGAAAGUAUCCCAGAAGCCAUCGGAUCAUUACGUCAGUUACAGCAGCUAAACUUAAGUAGAAAUUUUAUUUCGAAUGUUCCCGACAACAUAAAAUCCUGUAAGAAUUUAACACACUUGGAUCUCAGUUGCAAUAUGUUGCAAAAACUGCCCGAUGCUAUAACAUGUCUGAUUUCAUUGCAAGAGAUUAUUUUAAAUGAAACAUAUUUAGAGUUUUUGCCAGCUAAUUUUGGACGUUUGGUAAAUUUGCGAAUAGUAGAACUGCGUUCAAACAAUUUAAUAUCACUGCCGAAAUCGAUGCAGCGGUUAACUAACUUACAACGUCUUGAUAUUGGAUGUAAUGAGUUUACGAAAAUGCCAGAAGUGAUAGGCGAAUUAAAGCAAUUGCGUGAAUUUUGGUUUGAUUUCAAUCAAAUUCAAAAUUUGCCUCUACAGAUUGGCAAAUUAAGGGAGUUAGUUCAUUUUGAUGGAAAUGGAAACUGCUUAAGCUACUUGCCAAAUGAAAUUGAUAAUUGGCGUAAUUUGGAAGUAUUCUCAGUAUCAAUUAAUAAUUUAACAACACUUCCCAACAGUGUUGGUAUGCUAAAGUCAUUGGUAACGUUAAAAUGUGAAUCGAAUGAAUUAACUGAACUGCCAGGAAGCAUAUCAAAUUUGGAAAAUUUGGAAGAAUUAGUUUUGAGCCAUAAUAAACUGGUUCGCUUGCCAAAUACAAUAGGAAUGUUAAGAAAGUUGCGGUAUUUAUUUGCUGAUGAUAAUAAUUUGCAGAAACUACCUGACGAAAUAUGCUCUUGUUCCGUACUAAGUGUUCUUAGUAUUAGCCGAAAUAAUAUAGCUGCCUUGCCCGACAAUAUAGGGCAUUUAACAAAUCUCAAAGUUUUGAAUAUUGUUCAAAAUAAUAUUGAUACUUUGCCUAUUACGCUUUUAAGUUUAGUAAAUUUGACAUCUUUAUGGAUUAGCUGUAACCAAUCUCAACCUCUGAUGCCACUGCAGUAUACAGACAUUUCAAAAAAAACCCAAUUGACCUGUUAUAUGCUACCUCAGUUGGGUAUUAGGCAAAAACUAUCCCAUCAAAAUAAUAUUGAUAAAGAUGCCAAGAACGACAUUCAAAUGGUACAACUAUUAGACAAAGCAGCUGAAUGUACUACUUCCAAACGUCGAAUAUGGUUUGCUGAAGAAACUACAGUAUUACAAACAGAUCCACAAAUAACACUGAUGUCUUUGACAAGAUCGACACCGAAAAUGCGUAGCAAUUCCAAUAAAGAUAUCGUAUCAUAUACUAAUAUCUCCGGACCUCAAUUAACAAAAAGUCCUUGUGAAAUAACAUCUGAAAAUACAAACUUAGUACCCCUGAUUAAUUCUAAAGACUUUCUAAUGCGGUCACCAACACCAUACCCCAAGGAAUUACGUUUGAUGUCAAAAUAUGUACAGGUUAAUCAAGAAAGAAAUUUUAAUAGUUGCAAUAAUGAAAGCGAGGAAAGUUUUUAUGAAGAAAAUAGUUAUGAACAUGCCUCGACAUCUUUGCUACAAUCUAAGAGUAAUAACUUUAAGAAUGAUCAUGAAAGAUGGACUUAUAAUAAUUCUGUAGAACAGCCGCUUUAUGAAACUAACAAUGAAUCAUAUAAUUUAAAAAUCAGAAGUAAAGAUAUCGACGGAAACUUACAGACUUAUUCACCACAAAUACAAAACCAUAGUGUAGAAAUGGAACAGCAUUUACAAAUACGACAAGAAUUCGCAGCUAAUCAUCAUCAACAAUUUGUUAGUCUAGACAACAGUCCAAUACCUCCUCCUUAUCACGUUGCACGAUGCUUCACAAAAAAGAGUGUUGAAGAUUUAACAAAAUAUGAAUUUUUACGAAAACGACAAGAGCAGCAUCAUAAUUACCACCAAAAUACUGACAAUAACCAACAAUGCCUACGAAACAAUACAGAUUCCAAGUCUGAACUAAAAUUUGAUCAUCAAAAUAAUUUAACAAUUCAAAAAUUUGAACAGAAGGAGGGAGAAGGAGCCGAUAGUUCUAUGACAUUUAUUGCAAAUGGAAGAAAUGAAUUUUUAGAUACGCCAGACACGGCGCAAACUUCUAAUUGCCUUACAAAAAAUAAAAAAUGUAAAUCGAGAACUAAGUGGCUUUUUGGCGUCCAUAGAAAUCCAAGAGUGAUACAGGUCAAUAUUGGUUGCGAAAAUGGUCAAGACUUUGCGAUUGAUAUUUUGCCUAAUAAGGAAGGAAUAUUCGUUGUCUCAACGGUUUCAAAUUCAAAUGCAGCACAAUUAAUACACCCAUUUGACAAACUACUUGAAGUGGAUGGUGUCGACUUCACAAAUAUAAGUAUAAAUGAAGCAAGGCAAGUAUUAGAAAAUUCUCGUCCAUCAAUAUCCAUAAUGCUAUCGCGCAAAUAAUACAUAGAGUAAUAUUAACUAAAAUAUUCUAAAUAUAGUUAUAAUAUUUAAAAUACUUUAA